CUUCUACUCCAGCUGCUCAGUUGACCACCAACUUUUGUCGGAGCCUAAAUCAUGGAUUCAGGGGUUACUUAUCCUAAUAUAUCUCCCUUACCUGACGCUAACGUGUACGCCAACACUGGUCCGGACCUACACAAGAUGCAGCCAGGGAAUGUUUAUAACGCGUCUACAGUGGUGGUUGUACAACAAGACAACACGCCUGUACGAGAUGACUUCCUUUGGUCCAUCUUCAACACCAUUUAUUUCAACGCAUGCUGCCUGGGAUUCGUGGCGCUCUCAUACUCUGUAAAGUCCCGGGAUCGGAAACUAUUUGGAGAUAAAAUUGGAGCAACGGGUUAUGGGAUCACCGCCCGGAAAUUCAACAUCGCUGCAACAGUUAUAUCAGCCUUGUGUUUCAUUAUAAUAAUAAUUGUUAACUUCACGGCUCGAGGCUAGUCCAAAAACGCGUGGUCGGAGCAGAACUGCGCUCACAGAUUGGCCCACACCAUUGCUUUAACUAAGACGGAUAUUAUGUCUUUUCAUAUCUA